AAAUAGAACACGACUCUUUAAAUGGAGAGGAUUUGGAUCUCUCUUUUUAUGCUCGAAAUCUUGGUGGGUGUUCAAAUAUAUAUACAUGCGGCCGGCGAGUCAAGAAUCGAGAGCCGAAUAAAAUAAGACCAGUGGGUGGGUCCUGUAACAUUGACCUGCCGGUGGGUGUCGUGCCGCAACUCAAGCUGUGCUUGUCCUCUCUAACUGCAUGGCACCCUUCAUUGCCUUACGUGUUCAUCUCUCCUCUGUUUCUACAACCGUUUGCCUCUACUUUCGCAACGUUGGCAAAGGAAAAAAAAUAUAUAUAUAUAUAUAUAUAUAUAUAUUUAUUUAUCAUACCCACUUGUGCAUUGGAGUCUGAUAACGUUUCUUCAGAACAGAUAGCUUGAGUUCGAGUUGGAACGACGAUGAAAGCUAUAACUCCUCAGACUGGACUAUUACAAAUUUGAAUACUAGUUGAUAAGGAAGUGAAGGUUAUCUUUAGAGUUGUGAAAGAUUGGAAGGAUUUCAACAUGGGGCUUUUGGAUCUGUUCAUAGCCGCAUCGAUUCCAGUCCUGAAAGUGCUAUUGGUGACAGCAGUCGGGUCAUUUCUUGCAUUAGAUCAUGUCAAUAUAUUGGGGGAGGAUGCAAGGAAGCAUUUAAAUAAUAUUGUAUUUUUUGUUUUCAAUCCGGCUCUCGUGUCCAGCAACUUAGCCAAAACAAUAACAUAUGAAAGCAUGGUUAAAUUGUGGUUCAUGCCUUUCAAUAUCCUCAUUACGUUCAUCAUUGGUUCAGUACUUGGGUGGCUGGUUAUCCAAAUUACAAGAGCUCCUCGACAUAUGCGUGGCCUCAUAGUAGGUUGUUGCGCUGCAGGAAAUUUGGGGAACAUGCUUCUCAUUAUAAUCCCAGCCGUUUGUAAAGAGAAAGGAACCCCAUUUGGAGCUCCUGAUGUAUGUCAUACAUAUGGACUAGCUUAUGCAUCACUAUCAAUGGCGAUAGGAGCCAUUUAUUUAUGGUCAUUUGUGUAUAAUAUUGUGCGGAUAUAUUCAAGUAAGAGCUCAAAAGAAGUUGAAAUCAAUGUCAGUAAGCCGUCUAGAGAGAUCUCAACUUCUCAACUAGGGAGUUGCGAGGAACCAUUACUAUCUUCAAAAGACUCCACGAUAUCUGAGGAUCAUGCUGAUCAAAUUGCACUGCCUCAAACUAGAUUUGAGGGGAAAUCUAAGGUGACAGUUUCAGAUCAAAUAAAGCAACAUUUAGGGAAGUUUUUCAAAAAGAUCAACCUGAAAAAGUUAUUUGCCCCUUCGACUAUUGGAGCGAUUGUUGGGUUCAUAAUUGGACUUGUACCUCAAAUCCGAAGCUCAAUGAUUGGUGAUGCAGCUCCUCUUCGUGUGAUCCAAGACUCUGUCUCUUUGCUGGGGGAUGGAGCCAUCCCAGCUCUCACGCUGAUAAUGGGAGGGAACCUUCUUAAGGGUUUAAAGGGACCAGGAAUUUCGAAGCUCAUCAUUGUUGGCAUCAUAAUUGCUCGCUACAUUGCCCUACCUCUGAUAGGAAUUCUAGUUGUGAAGGGAGCACUUCAUAUUGGUUUGGUGCACUCAAACCCAUUGUAUCAGUUCAUUCUCUUGAUUCAAUUCGCACUUCCACCUGCAAUGAACAUAGGCACCAUAACUCAGUUGUUUGGAGCUGGUGAAAGUGAAUGUUCUGUUAUUAUGCUUUGGACUUAUGCACUGGCAUCAAUUUCACUUACAUUUUGGUCAACCGUCUUCAUGUGGCUGGUCUCCUGACUUAUCAAAAAAAAAAAAUGUGGCUGGUCUCCUGAUUUCACUAAACAAUAUUCUUGAUUUCUGUUACAAGAACAUCACAUGUCAAGAUAUGGCAAUAGGAGGCAUUCUACUAUCAAUUCUGCGCAUGCUCGUCAAGUCUUUUAAGUUCUGCUAAUCAUAGUAUAGAUGACAUAAAUGAGACACUCGGGUGUUCCAGCAACUUUAAGCGGCAAGGUACCCAAAACUAAUGGCAAGGAAACGACAUGUUUCACUGCAACAAUAAAACCUCUUAUUUUCAUACAUAGUGUAUUCAUGAUUAGAACUUGGCACAUGAAGCUUUAUUUCUGUUUUCGCUCAAAGCUUGUAUCUGGAAAGAGGUGAACAAAAAUUAGUUAUUCAUCUGAAGAGCUUACAUCCUUUCACGCAUGGUGUAUUGAAGAUUUAUUUCUGUUUUUUUGCUCGAAGCAUUUAUCUGGAAAGAGAAGAAUAAAAAUCAGUUAAUUGGUA